AUGCCCGAUCCAAAUUUACAAGCAUAUCUGGCUUCGCGCUAUCUCUCCGGACCCAAAGCGGACGCCAUCCUAGCUCGUUCAGUCGAUGGUGAAGGGACUAAAAAGAUGCGCAAAAAGCGGUGUGCAAAUGACGCGGCGGAUCAGGAUGGUCUCAAGUUCACGUCUGCAGAGGACGAGAGCUGGAAGAGGAGCAGAGAUGAGGACGACUUGCAAGCCGUCGUGGUGGAUGAUGCGGCUUCGCAGAGGAGAAAGUGGUCAAAGCUGGGCCAAUCGAAAGCUGAGACGUCUCGGAGCAAGGCGGAUGCAGAAGUUUCCGCCGCAGAUUCCAACGAGGCGCCAGGAUCGUCUGCAUCUGCGGGUCCUUCCAAACCUCAAUUCAAGGCUGGUCUCAAAUCGCGCGAGGAGAUGAAAGCAGAGCGUCUGGCCCGAGAAGAAGAAGCGCGAGCUAAAGCUCUGCAAGGAGAGGUUCAGUCAGGUAACUCGCAACCUGACACUUUCCGGAAAAGACCCAAUGUCGAGCAGGAAGAGACAGUCUACCGUGA